UUCCCAGCAGCCGUGGAUAUUUGUCUGUCGUGAAAUGUGAAAUCGUCGGGCAAAAGUUGGAUUAUAAAUAAUUUUGGAUUAUCGUGCCAAAAAAUGCGCGAGGAUAUCGGACUCAAGAAGAGUACCGUACGCAUCAACAUUCCACCGUUUGGUGCUAGCGAAGAUUUCGCGAGAGUGUUUUCGAAUGUGCGAAUGCAAUCUUGAGGUGGAUCAACAGAAAACGCAACGGGGAAACUGUGACUCACCGGGCGAUUAAUGGAAAUGGCAAACAGCCUACCAAAAGGAUUUCAAAUUGUGGUCACAUAAGCGGGUUAUGCCAGUGACGAAGGCAUACCGCUAGCAGCAUUGUUUACAUAAGAUGGCGAAAGAGUGAGAGUGUUGUUGCGUGGAACAAGAAGAAAAACAACCCAACACCGGGCAAAUUCGGGUGAAUAAUUACCCUGCCAAAGAAAACAUGGUGCUUUUUUUCAACAAGAACAAAACUGCGCAAUAGGGAAAAGUGGUCACCGGUUAAAAGUAGAAACAACAUGAGUGAAAAAGAACGACGUGUGUCUUGAAAGGGGAGAUAGAAAAAAGGCGAAAGUAAAAAGCCGCCUGGUGCCAAUAGUGAGGAAUUUAUUGUUUGUUUUGAUUGUUUGGCCCCCGCAAAGAUUCAGAGGAAAGGGGGAAAGAAAUAGAGACGUGUGUAAGUGGUGCAGUAGCAGAGAGGGAACCAAAACUUCUCAUCAAAUCGCCACCGGAGGAGGUGGAGGGAGCCGCAAAGCCUCCAAUGAGUAAUCAUGUCCGGAAUUUUCAAAUACACUCCUAAUCGGACGGCGGCAAACACGCCCAAUCGACGAUCAGCGUUCGGCAGCACCGGAUUCGGUGGAAGUCCCGGUCGUCAGCAAGAUGCUUCUAGUUUGGAUAAUUCAUAUGCCAUGGGCUUUCGGUCGCCUUCAAUGAACACCCUGCCGGGGCAAGGUUCCCCGGCCCAGGGCCGCUCCCUGCGCGAGUUCGAAGAGCAAAUGUCUUCGCUGCGCAAGGAAAACUUCAAUCUCAAGCUGCGUAUCUACUUUUUGGAGGAAAACGCCGGAAUAGGUGUCCCCGCCAGGGCGAACAGCAGCGGAUCUGGCAUCGGUCACGGCUCACCGGAUGGAGCGACGUCGGAGAGCUUGUUCAAGCAGAACAUCGAUUUGAAGGUCGAGGUCGAGUCACUCCGCAAAGAUGUCCAGGAGAAACAGGAUCUGCUCUGCCAGGCCGCCAAAGCAAUGGAACUGAUGGAAGACAGCCAGCGCAAAGCAGAAGAACACCAUCGCGAAGUGGUCGGCGACAUGGAGCAGCGUCUCGAAAUGCUGCAACACGAGCUCAAACAGAUGGAGGCGGUGGAUCGCCACCAACAGCAGCAGCAGCAGAAUGCCACACGGACACGGCUCAACGAGACCGGGCUGCUGGAUUUCCUCGACAAGAUGGAACAUCGGGAUAUGAGUGUGCAGGAGAAGCUUCAAUCGAUGGAGAUGGAGAAUAUGCUGCGGCAGUAUAACGAACAGAACGAGGAGCUCUGCCGUAGGAUAGAAAAUCUGCAAAGACGGGUGGAGGAGAAGGAUCAUAUGAUUGCCAUGAUGGAAGCCGAUGUGAACGAGUUGAGAUUCGAGUGCGCCGAAAUGAAGGAUAAGCUGGAGGAGAACGAAAAGUCAACUUCGGACGCAGAGGUUGCGCGUCUGAAGAAGGACCUAUUCGAGGCCAAGUCGGAACUUGCGGAUAAGCUAUGUGAGCUGGAUGAAACCGAGACCAAGCUGAAGGAGAAAUCUGCCGAGCUAGUCAAAUCGGUGAAGGUGGUAGAAAAGCUGCUCAAGACGAUCACAGAUCAGGAAAAGGAAAGCGCCAAACUGAAGCGUAACUCGAACCCAGAGUCAACUACCACUACUCCCAAAGACCCAGUUAAAAAGAUCGUGACAGACAACGGGGGCAACGCAAGCCACCACCCCCUGUCUGCGGCAGCCCAGCAGCAAAUUAUCGUGGACCAAAACAAGCAAGCAGUGACCCAGGAGGAGUACGAUGGACUCUGUCUGCGGCUGAAAGCGGCCCUGAAGAAGAACGACAGUCUGAUUCAGAAACUGACGGGCAAUUCGACCGAACGCAACGAGAAUGUGCUCAUUCGGCAGCUCAACGAGGAGCUCAUACAGGCCCGCGAGGAAACCGACAAGGCGAACCGCUGGCGUAAGGAGUGCGCCGAUUUGUGUGCCAUUUCAACGGCUCGGCUCGAGGAGUUGGCAGGCUUCCUGGACACAUUGCUGAGGAGCAAAGAGUUCUGCGGAUCACUGUCGAUGGACCGACGAAAGGCGAUCCGCAAAGCCGUCGAUCGGAGCUUGGACCUGUCCCGGAGCCUGAACAUGUCGAUCUCGGUCACCGGAUUCUCCCUACCGGACAACAGUUUGGCUAAUUUGAGCAGUUUGAGUGGAUUCCUGAAUGCUGGCGCUGAAGAUAGCUUCCUAGUGGAAACGCGAACAAGGGCGAACAAGGAGAACAGUUAUCUUAUCCCUCGCGAGCAAAGUGUAGCGAAGGUGAUUGAAUGUUUGAAGGCUGAAAACCGCGAACUAAGGGGACAACUGGAAGGUCGGGGUGGAACAAGAAAAGGAGACUCACGCAAGAAAUUAAUACCGGUGCUCGCAGAUCCACAUUCCGAUUCUGAAGCCUGGUCAGAACCAGAUCGGGACGUAUCGCUAGCCAGGAUCGGACUCGAAGAGCGUUCAUCGCUGAUAAACUCCGGAGUCAAAUGCGAAGACAUUCUACAGGAAUUAAGCUCCACAUCGGAGAACGAGACCAAUGUGAGCUACAUGAAGAAGCAGGGUCAGAAGUUGAAGGAACUACAUGACACCAUUCGCACCCUGUCCGCCGUGAUUACGGCAAAAGACACCCAGAUCUUGGAUGUCCAAGGGCGCCUGGUCGAAGUGGACAAUAAAUUGCAAGAGGAACGGAUGAAGGCCUCCCGAACGCAAUCGGAGCUGGAGAAUACUCGACACGUUAACCAAAGACUGGAGAAAGAAAGUAACGAGUUGCAAGAUCGCAUCAAUGUGUGCGAGAAACUUCUCGAAGAUUUAUCCAAAGACAUCCAACAGAAGGACGAAUGCAUUGAGAAACUCAAGAAAGAUCGCGAACAAGCCUUCGUAGAUUUGCGAGUGGCGGUCAUGAAACUCGAUAGCCUCCGCACCGAGCACCAGGAAGUGCAGCAAAAACAUAAAUCUCAAAUCGAUUCCCUCUUGGAGCAGGAAAAUCAACGACUGGAAGAUGUUCGCAAAGAUCUCACCCUAUCCUUCAAUGACCAACUGAAGGCCAGACAAGCGGCAUUCGACGCCAGCCUAGCGGAGAGUUACAUCUCCAAAAACAUCUACACGGAGAAGAUGAACGAGCUGGAGGAACUGCAUUUCCGAUUGGAGGAUGCUCAUCUUAACCUUAUGAGCCUGUCAGAAAGCGAAUCCAAAUAUAAAAUACAACUUGCAGAGUCGGAGAAAUCCGUCCAAUCGAUGCGCAAGGCUUUGGACGAAUCCACGUUACAAGUUUCCAAAGUGGCUCUGGAGCGAACGAAGGCUCUCAACGAGAAGCGUAUCCUGGAGGAUGAACUGAAACAAAUCCGGUGCGAUUUGGAGACUACAAAGGCUGAAAAGAACGAGCUGAAUGCGAAGUUGGUCGACAUAAGUGCGCAGCUUCGAAACGGCAACAGCAUCAAGCGAUCGCCGACCCAGCGAUUAAAUAGCUCGUCUGGAGCGGAAGGAUCCGCGGCGUCCGGUUAUACUUCGGAGGAGUUGAUUCCGGGGGCGCAAAAGAUCAGAGGUGAAGUGAAAACCCGCCUCGAGAAUUCAUCUCCCGAUCUUGGCAUCGAGAGCGACGCGGGACGUCUGUCCAAUGCGGAAAGCAAUCAGUGUGGGACAACGGCCAGGGAAAGCAUGGGAAGUCCCUCGAGGCCACUGCUGAAAACGCUGGAGCUGACGAAGUCGAUGAGCAAUUUGCUGAUGGAUCCAAAAGAGGAAGCCGAUACCGAGCUCAACUCGUCAGCACUGGAUGCCAGCGACACCAAACCCGCAAUCCAUGAUUGCGCCAAGAUCGAGGCCGAUUAUGCCGAACUGAAACGACGUUACAAACAAACCAGACGCCACCUGGAACUGGCCUACGAUAGUAUCAAAACGUCCAACAAACGCAAGGAACAGCUCGAGCGUGACAUCAAACAGCAGAUCCAGAAGACGAACGUAGUUCUCAAGACAGUCCGGACCAACAUGACGAACGAGCUGGAGAAAGUCUCCCCCGGCAGUACGAAUUCCCAGACCCAGGGCAGGAGAAGCUGAAAGCAGCAGCGCGUUGACCAUAUCCACACACUGAGAACUCAUCAUUCCUAUAAAGAUGCAUACUCUUCCCCGUAUUAGCAACGAAUGCGCCUUCCGGUGGUUCUCGACUGUAGUAUUUAGGCCUCCCGUUCCGCCUUCCUGUCUGUCCAGCGUUAUUUGAUGGCUAUAGUACCCGUUGUCGUUGUUGAUUGAUAUAUUUGUUUUGUGCCAUUUUGGUAAUAGUUGCAGAAAGAAAGAAGGGUUGUAAAAAGUACUCUGAACAUAGAAGAAAAAACAAAAGCAUGUACAUUUCGCGUGUGAAAGCCUAGGCGUUGUAGAAAGCGUAGAAUAGAAUAAGGUUUUUUUUCUUUAUUAUUAGCUCUAGACCAUAUUUUACUACCAAUUUGGUUUGACAUUGUUUUUAGCAAGCAACUGACUGAAAUAUUUUCCUUUUCUAAUUUAGUAUUGCAACAGAAGCGCACACACAACGCACACUAAUUUAUUUGUGACACAUUUGUCGAUAUAUUAACUGAUGUUGUUUCUGAUUAAACCAGUUUUUAAAUUGAA